AUGCAUCGUCCUCCUCUCCCGCUGGUGCUCCUCCUCCUCUGCUGCAGAGCCCAGGCCCUGGGGUUCUGUGUUCCAGGGGAGAUCAUCGGGGGCACAGAGAGCAAGCCACACUCCCACCCCUACAUGGCAUACCUGGAAAUUGUCACCUCGCGGGAGAAGCAGGUGGCUUGUGGUGGUUUCCUGAUAAGAAGGGACUUUGUGCUGUUGGCUGCGCACUGUGCAGGAAGGUCUGUAACAGUCACCCUUGGAGCCCAAAACAUACAGAAGAAAGAAGACACAUGGCAGAGGCUUGAGGUCAUAAAACAGUUUCCUUACCCAAAAUAUGAGCCUGUUGGUCUCCAGGACAUCAUGUUACUGAAGUUGAAGGAGAAAGCCAACCUGACCCUGGCCGUGGGGACACUCCCCCUUCCACCCCAUGUCACCUUCAUCCGUCCCGGGAGAAUGUGCCAGGUGGCUGGCUGGGGAAGAACAGGUGUGAAGGAACCAGCCUCCAGCACUCUGCAAGUGGUGAAGCUGAGACCCAUGGAGCCCUGUGCCUGCAGCCACUUCCCUGCUUUUGACCACAAUCUCCAGCUGUGUGUGGGCAAUCCCCAGAGCACAAAAUCUGUAUUUAAGGCAGACUCAGGGGGCCCUCUUCUGUGUGCUGGGGUGGCCCAGGGCAUUGUCUCCUAUGGACUGUCCAAUGCAAAGCCCCGUGACAUCUUCACCCGGAUCUCCCCUUACCGGCCCUGGAUCGAUGAGGUCCUGAAAGAGGAUUAA